AUGGCUUUCACUCAUUCAAGCCUACGGCUCUUGUCUCUAAUCUCUCUGUUUCUUUCACUCGGUUCUGCCCUUCCCAGCAAGCACUUGAACCGACAGCCUGCGCCUUCCUACACUUCUCUCGGUUGCUUCAAGGACAACGAGGGUGGCCGAAGAGCGCUUACUGGCGGAAGCUACGCAGCUGAUGACAUGACUGUUGCCAGCUGCGCAUCAUUCUGCUCCAAGUUCGAGUUGUUUGCUGUCUCUUACGGCCGUGAGUGUUACUGCGGUCAAUCAGUCACAAACGGCAACACCGAGGUGGAUGCUGCCGACUGCUCUUUCUCAUGUGGAGGAGAUCCAAGCGAUAAAUGCGGCGCUGGCAACAGGGUCAACCUGUACUCCAACGACAACCCAUCGAUUCGAAGCCCUGCAACUCUACCCGGCAUCACUUCACUCGGCUGUUUCGUCGACACCGCUGCUCGCAUCCUACCACACAAAAUCAUCGGCACCGAUGACAUGACGGCUGCGAAAUGUGCGGAGAAUUGUGCUGAUUACGACUUCUUUGGCACGCAAUGGUCCCGCGAGUGCUUUUGCGAUGACAAUGAGCUAUGCGGUGCCGGCAUGCGGUUGAAUGUGUAUAGCUUCGAUAAGGAAACAACGACAACCUCCUCCUCCGAGCCCACGUCUUCACCAACAUCUGAACCUACACCCGUGGCCAUCAUCGAUGGGUUCGAAUACCUAGGUUGCUACAACGAUAAUGUCCCGCAACGCGUCUUGGGAGGAAAGGUUGUGGUGGAUACUGCCAUGACGCUGGAAAGGUGUGCUUCGCAACCGUUUACUUACCAAUCUUGCUGGACGGAUGAUGUUGGCAACCGGUCUCUUGCGGAUUUGGAGCACCGGACAGACGACAUGACGGUAGCCAAAUGCGCAGAUAUUUGCAUUGAAUAUGCAUACUUUGGUGUCGAGUAUGGGAGGGAGUGCUACUGCGGUGACAAGCUUGUUGGUCAGACUGCUUUGGAGAAAGAGUGCAGUGUUUUGUGCGUGGGUGGAGGUUAUAACUGGUGUGGUGGACCUCUCCGGCUGAACCUGUAUGCGAAAGAAGCUAUCACUACAACUGCGUCCACCACUGUUCUCGAGACUUUCACGACCUCUGAGGUUGAAUCACCUACAGUGCCAGAGCCAACUACCACUGCCUCUGACAUUAUCACCACGGCAGAUGAGCCAUCAAGCACUGUUUCGGAAACCUUGACCACAACAGUCGAGGAAAUCUCGAUCUCAACCGAAGAACCAGGCACCACGACUGAGGAAUUCACCACAACAACCGAGGAGCCAACCGCAUUGACUGAGGCAUCAACCACGUCCACAGAGGAGCCGAACUCUCCAACCACCGAGGAGCCUACUACGACAUUCACUGCUGAAGCGAGCACCACCGUUGAACCGUCAACAACUUCGGACAUGGUCUUGUCAACAACGACUCUGGUAAGCUCCCCUUCAUUGGCCCCGACAACAACCGCAACUUCGACCACCACGACACAAGGCCCCAGCUCAGUCACGAUCACCAGAUGUCCUCCAACCCCAACGUGGGUAGGAAGACCUGAGAUGUGCUACGACAGCUCUCUCCCCGGUCAAUGCGAACUGCUUGCAUCGACAUUGUACCAACCUCAGGCGAUGUCCAUGUACUUGUUCAACUGUCACUACAUUCUCACCCGUUAUGGCCUGCAACCAAACCCGGUCACAUGCUUCCCUACCUCAACAGCAACCAGUCCAGAUGCCGCUGCUGCCACCUCGACUAUCAGAAGUGUUCACUCAUGCUUACGAUCCUCCUAUGUCUGCAGUAAAUCCAUGACCUGCGAAACAAGCACCUAUCCUAUCAGCCAGGUUCCCGUGCCAACUCAGAGCGUUGGCGUCGAGACUCUCAGCGAUGGUGGCUUCGAGAGCGGGCAAUUUGGUAGCUGGAACUUGACUGGAGACACCAGGCUCUUGACUGGCCAAAUCUCGGCUUUUCAGGCCAGGACAGGAAAUCAUAGCUACUAUGUCUACAACCCCAACUAUUACCAUGCCGGCCUCGUGCUCACGAGACGAGUUGUCGGUGUGGAACCGGGAAAAUACUAUCGUUUCAAGGCCAAUGUUUGGAUUUCGAAUAAUCAGGUCAACAACUAUAUCCAGCUGAGUGUAUCUCCGCCGGGACUUGGUCAGCAGUUUAUGCAGCGCUACAGCACGGCGGGCGUGUGGAGGGAGAUUGCAGUACAUUUUACGACGACGUCUUCUUGGCUUGAGUUGCAGCUUACUGUUGUUGCACAGCCGAUGUAUAUCAACAACCCGCAGCAGUGGGAGGGGCCGAAUAGUAUCUUUAUUGAUGAUAUUAGUUUGGUGCGUUUGGGGUACUAG